CGAAGAUGAUAAUUGUUGAAAAAUAUGAACUUGUUAUACCAAACAUCAACAUAUCGAUAAUACAUAAAUAUCAACUCUAUGUAGCUGUCGCGGUGAAAACAAGUUAUUCGCACUUUAUUGCAACAAAUUUCUGAAAAGGAAAAACUGAACUGGUAUACAUUUAUAUUCUAUAAACACACGCAAAUAGAAAGUUCAAUUAGCAGCAAAAGGUGACGACGCAAGCAAGACGAAGAAAAAAAUAUCAUCUACGUAUACGUAAAUUUUUAAGACAAUUAAGUCCAGUCAUCGUUGAUUUGGAUUGAAGACCAGCUUUGUGCAAAUAAUAAAAAUACAAAUAAUUUUAAAACGAGGAAAACAAAAUGUCCGCUGCUUUGACCGAAUUAGCGACACUCGACGUAACCGCAAUGGAGCGUGAAUUUUUUGAGUCCGACGCCGCUACCGCUAUGUCAUGCCGUGCACCCUUUCAACCCGAGGAACAAUACGAGCAGUUGCGCCGACCGAAUCCUGGACCAGGUGCCGCUAUUCCUAUCGCACCACAACUCUCCACUGCUUUGCCUCUGGAACAACAGGCCCACCUUUUUAAUGAAUUUGCCUCUGUUGGCUAUGCUCCGGCUGCAUUUGCACCAGGUCCUCCUGUUAGUUUUGCAGCUCCUUCACAGGCACCAAUUAUGGCCGACGUGGCGAGUGGAUUCGGGCAGUCAAAGCUUUCGGCUAGCGCGACUGUUUUUAUACCUAACCAAUCGAGUAACAGCAAUAUAGGUAAGCGUGGACCGCCACCGCAGCAACAGCAAUAUCAGCAUCAAUCGUCAGGGCCAGCACCUUAUGCUCAACAACACCAACAGCGUUAUUUGAAUGGUCUCAAGCAGCAGCAUCAGCAGCAAAAAAAUUACAAUCAUCACCAGCAAAAUCUGCAGUAUAACAAUGAUAUGCAAAAGCUGUCAAACUCGGUUCAAGCUCGUCUGCAUAUUGGUCAACAGCCACCGCAUAAUGGUGCAAUGAGCAAUUACUAUCAACAGCAGCAGCCGCAGCAGCAGCAAUAUUUCCACCAGCAACCACAACCAUCGACUUCAUCGGCGGCUGUUUCGACUUCGUCGGCCUCGUCCCAUCCUGACAUGGAAACAAUUGCUUUAGAAUAUCUCGAUACUGUAAUACAUUGCCUUAACCAGAAUCCCGGACAAUUCGAUACGAUUGCAUCACGUUUCCUAACAAUCUUUGAUGGCAUGGAGAGUAAUAAUUAUGUGCUCUCAAUCGCCAUGGAGGAUAUAUUUGAAAAAUCAAUUGAACAACCAAAUUUUCGGUACAUGGGAGCUAAACUGUAUAAUUUACUGCAUAUGCUCAAUCUCAAGCCGGAUUCGCUGUUUCACAACUUGCUUAAAUGUAAGCUUGACUAUCACCGUGCUGAGGUAGAUAAGUAUAUGCAAUCGGUAGAACAGCAGCAAAAGGUGAGGGAGACAGCCCUCUUUCUAGCCGAAUUGUACAUGCAAUUGCGUGGCGAUGAUGACGCCCGUAUCCAGCUCAUUGCCGUUAAUAUAGUGUACUCGCUGAAACAACUUUUAGCAUAUGAGAGUUCUGAUAAUGUGCGCUGUAUUUGCCAGACAUUGAAGUUGGCCGGUUACGACCUAAGCGCUGAUUGCAAACAGGACAUGCAAUAUAUUAUUGCUUUAUUACAGGCGUUUGAAUUUAAGUCGCCUGGUAAAUACGCUAUGGUUGCCAAUGUGAUUGCAUUGCAACAAAACAAUUGGGGACGGAAAGUUUCGAAUGCUCUUGGUGGAGAUGAUGAUGCUGUUGCAAAGCCACCAGAGCCACCACGCUUGAGCGACGAACCCGUUUUUUAUGGCCCAGAUGGACGCGAGCUUACAGCCGAGGAAACUGAUUUUCUUGCCGCUGAAGAUGAUGCCACCGGCAGCGAUGGCGACGAAUUUGAUGUAAGAGAUAACGAUUUGGAUCUCGACCCGGAAAUGGACGAAGAGACUGAGCGUGCUUACAAGGACUUCUGUAAACAAGGAAAACAAUCGCAGGCAAACAAGAAAUCUUAGAUUUUGUAUGUGUGAAAAAUGUGUGGUGUUAAUUUGGCGUGGCAGUAAGGAUACAUUUUAAGUAUACUCACAUAUUUAAAGGGGAUACCUGACAAAUUAUUGGUUGUGUAGUUGCAAUUUGAAUUUUUUUUGUUUUUAAAAAUUUUUUAUUUUUAAUUGGUUACAAAUUAUUUGUGAUAUAUGACAUCUAUGCUUAGCUUUUGUAUUACAUACAUAUUUAUGUCCAUAUGUGUGUAUAUGUGUGCACAGAUUUUGGUAACGGCACAUUCAGAAGCACUUCUCAAUAUUUUAAAUACCUUGUUUUUAUGAAAUAGGUACACAUUUAAAAAAAUCUUAACAUUUUCUUUAACCUUCUGCCACGCCGAUGCGUUAUAACACAAACACUUUUUGAGACUCGUACAAAUAGUAUUCGUAUGCCUACACAUCCAUACAUAUGUAGAUUCAUAACUGCAAACACAUUCAAUUUAAAUUGCAUUCUCUUGAUCAUAUAAAUUUAAAAACAACAGCCACGCUUAAUUUUUUAAUUAAUUUUAAUUAAUGUUAAAAAAAAACGAUUUAAAUAUAUAAAUAAACCUUUGAAUCGCGA